GAAGGCGGGUCGAUCGGCGCCAACCGGAACCGGAACCGGAACCGGGGGACUGGAACCGGGGCUGCGCCCAGCCCAGGCCGGCGCGGGGCCGAGGCUGCUUCCCGCUGCCGGACCCCCCCUUCCCCCGCAGGCGGCGGCCCGGGGAUCGGGGAUCCGGGAUCGGGGCCCCCAUGGCCUCCUCGGGCCCCCCCGGCUCCUGCUGCCCCCACGGGCCGGCCGUGCCCGGCGCGCACCAGACCGCGGCGGAGAUGGACUUCGAGCGAGGGGUCUGGUCGGCCGCCCUGGACGGGGACCUGGGGCGGGUCCGGAGGCUCCUGGUGGAGAAGCGGGUGGAUCCCAGCCAGCCCGACCUGGCCGGCUACACCGCCCUGCACUACGCCAGCCGCAACGGGCACGGAGCCGUCUGCCAGUUCCUGCUGCAGAGUGGGGCCCGGUGCAACGCCCAGACCCACGGUGGGGCCACCGCCCUGCACCGAGCCAGCUACUGCGGCCACGUGGACGUGGCCAGGCUGCUGCUGGCCCACGGAGCCGACCCCGGCAUCGUGGAUGACGACGGCAUGACAAGUUUGCAUAAGGCCGCCGAGCGAGGCCACCGUGAGCUCUGUGAGCUCUUGCUGCGGCACAGCCCGGGGCUGAAGGGCGUCCGGGACAGGAGGGCCAGGAGCGCACGUGACCUGGUCCCCGGCAGCGGUGCCUUGCGGGACCUCCUGGAGCCCUGAGGGCAGCGCGCGGCGGGGUGGUGCCGCCCCAGGGUGCUCUGUGCUUUGUCUCCCCCUCUUGGCCUGCUGCGGGAUUGCAGCCGGUGCUGCCGUUGGGCCCUCCGGCCUCUCCCGAGCUGUCCCUGUGCGUGCAGCCCUGGGGUGAUCUGGGCGCGCACCCCACUGGGCGGCUGCUCUGGGGAGCCUGCGGCGGGAGAGGGGAACGGGCACAGCUGGGCAGGGAAAAGGAGGGAACCGCUAUAAACCCUGUACGUGUCCCUGGCUGCGGGGAGCCACGUUCGGGGGCUGAGAUCAAGGGGAGUCCAGCGAGACGGCAGGACACCCGGAGCCGCCAGGGUGCCCCUGCUCCCAGCCUGCACUGCUGAUGUCACCACGCGGGGGCUCCCACUGUGCUGACCUGGCCUCCGCAGGCAGGGAAGAGGCUGCGGGCUCCGCUCUCAGGCAGCUGCAGUGGCUGGCGGCGGGGUGGGCCUCUGGGGGGCAGGGGCCUGUGUCCAGCCCUCUGCGUGAGCCAGGCACCACUGCCCAGGCCUGAGCCAGGCUCCGAGGGCCACACGGCUGGCGGGAAGCUGAGGCAGCCAUGUUGGUUGUGGGCAUUGAGAGACAGGCGUGGGCUGGUCCCCUGUGCUGGGCACCACGGACCCCGUCCAGCAGGGGCUGCAGGCUCACAUCCCCUGGGAGGAGGAGUCUGGCUGGGGUGAAGGCCGGUGGCCUGCUCCGUGCCCAGAGCAGAUGGCAGCACGGUGCCAGGCAGCGUCUGCUGGGAUUUCUGGCCUGGCACCGUGGCUAGGGCUGCUGUGGGCUCCUCUCUGUGCCCGCAACCCUGAGCUGGGGGAGAUGGGGGGCUGAGAUAGGUUGUCCCCCUUCAUGGAGCUAUUUCAGUCCUUGGUACUGGGCUGGGGAACCGGAACCCCCCCAAGGAUCUGGUGCCAGGAUGUCGGGCUUCCCCACCAUUAACUCUUCCCCGUGUGUCCCGCGGGGCUGGUCUCUGGGGUCCUGCCCUCUGCUGGGGAAGAUAGGUUAGUGCCCACCCCUGCCCUGUGUUGCCUGCUCCUCUAUCCCCUUGCUGUUCCGCCCCGCUCCACCCCCUCACCGCCCCAGCAGGAAGCAGGCUGGGGGUGCGGUCCUGCAAACAUAUCCUCCCCACUUGCUCACAGCUGGAUUGGAGGGGACCAAAGGGGAAAAAGGGGGAGGGAAGCCCAGACCCCUCCCCAUCUAUUGCACAGUGAUCUGGCUGGGGGCAGGGUGGCUUCUUCUACUCCCCCCUCCCCAUGCUAAAGGAACCCCCCCAACCAUAGGCCCACAGAGAGCCACCCCUCCCACCCAUCCCCAGUGCUAAGCGGAGGUGGAACAGGGGGGCUGCCCUGUCUCCCAGGGAGGGUCCAGCGGAGCCCCCCAAGCUGUGGUCAGUGGAAACUGCAUGGAGGGCAGGCCCAGGGGCUGGGAGGUGGACGCUGAGCCUCAGACAGCAGGGCCAGCCCCGACCUACAGGGGAGAGCGCCCCCUGUACUCCCUGCAGCACAGCGCCCCCUAGUGCCAGCCCCGACCUACAGGGGAGAGCGCCCCCUGCUGGGCGCCCACCAUGUUCCCUGCAGCACAGCGCCCCCUACUGCCACACUAGGGCCAGCCCCCUGCAGUGUGCAGUGUCUUUGGGAGGUGCCCUGUUUCUGGGGGGUGGGGACAUGCUGGCAGGGCAUAAAUUCAUAAUAAAUCCCUCACCAACUGCA